UCCGGAGCGAAGUCUCUGCCCGCCCGGGGUCCCGCCGCCUCGCCUGCCCGCAUCAUCGAGCUCCUCCUCCCGGAGCCGCUCCGCGGGGCGCGGCCGCGUUUCCCGUCAGGCGGGCCUCGGCCACCCUCGCCGCCCGCAGGCCCCGCGGCGGGGCAGCAGCGAUCGCAGCCGCGGUCCCGCCAUGGCCCCGACCAUCCAGACCCAGGCGCAGCGGGAGGAGCCGGGGCACAGGCCCAACGCUCACCGGACCCUGCCUGAGAGAUCGGGCGUGGUGUGUCGGGUGAAAUACUGCAACAGUCUCCCGGAUAUUCCCUUCGACCCCAAAUUCAUUACAUACCCCUUCGACCAGAACAGGUUUGUGCAGUACAAAGCCACCUCUCUGGAGAAGCAGCACAAACACGACCUCCUCACCGAGCCGGACCUGGGCGUGACCAUCGACCUCAUCAACCCCGAUACGUACCGCAUCGACCCUAAUGUUCUCCUGGAUCCGGCCGACGAGAAGCUGCUGGAGGAGGAAAUCCAGGCUCCCACCAGCUCGAAGAGAUCCCAGCAGCAUGCCAAAGUGGUACCAUGGAUGAGGAAGACGGAAUACAUCUCCACCGAAUUCAACCGCUACGGCGUGUCCAACGAGAAGCCAGAGGUCAAGAUCGGCGUGUCCGUCAAGCAGCAGUUCACGGAGGAGGAGAUCUACAAAGACCGGGACAGCCAGAUCGCUGCCAUCGAGAAGACUUUCGAGGACGCCCAGAAAUCGAUCUCCCAGCAUUACAGCAAACCUCGCGUCACCCCCAUGGAAGUGAUGCCCGUGUUCCCGGACUUCAAGAUGUGGAUCAACCCCUGCGCCCAGGUCAUCUUUGAUUCGGACCCAGCCCCCAAGGACACCAGCGGGGCUGCGGCCCUCGAGAUGAUGUCUCAGGCGAUGAUCAGGGGGAUGAUGGACGAAGAGGGGAACCAGUUUGUGGCCUAUUUCCUGCCCGUGGAGGACACGCUGCGGAAACGCAAGCGGGACCAGGAGGAGGAGAUGGACUAUGCGCCCGAAGACAUCUACGACUACAAGAUCGCCCGGGAGUACAACUGGAACGUGAAGAACAAAGCCAGCAAGGGCUACGAGGAGAAUUAUUUCUUCAUCUUCCGCGAGGGUGACGGGGUCUACUACAACGAGCUGGAGACCCGGGUGCGGCUGAGCAAACGCAGGGCCAAGGCGGGCGUGCAGUCGGGCACCAACGCCGUGCUGGUGGUGAAGCACCGGGACAUGAACGAGAAGGAACUGGAGGCUCAGGAGGCUCGCAAGGCGCAGCUGGAGAAUCACGAGCCGGAGGAGGAAGAGGAGGAGGAGAUGGACAAGGAGGCCCAGGGCUCAGACGAGGAGCCGGAGAAGGGCAGCGAGAGCGAGCCGGAGGCCAGCGAGGAGGAGGAGGAGGAGGAGGAGGAAGGGCGCUCGGGCAGCGAGAGCGAGCCGGAAGCCAGCGGGCGCAGCGCCAGCGAGGGCUCGCCGGAGGCCAGCGAGGAGGACGAGCGGGCGGCCCGUGACAAGGAGGAGAUCUUCGGCAGCGACGACGAGGACUCGGAGGGCGAGGGGGGCGGGGGGCGGCGCAGCCCCGGGGAGGAGGAGAGCGGCAGCGAGGGGGGGGGCCGGCGGCGCCGGGCCAGCCGCAGCCGCAGCCCCUUCCUCAGCGGCAGCGAGGGCUCCAAUGCCGAGGAGGACGACGAGGACGAGCGCAGCGGGAGCGGCAGCGAGGCCGCCUCGGACUCCAGCGAGGAGGGGAGCGAAAGCGACUGAGUGGGCUCUGCUGGGGGGGGGCAGCCUCUUGCCCCCCGGCCGCCUGGGCCAGAUCCACCCACCCCCUUGGGGGACCAUCCCUCCACCUUGCUGCCAGCAGGAGGAUGUGGGCCUGAUGUGGGGGGGCUCACUUGUGCCGGGAGUUGCUAGAAUCCCCCCCAACUUGGGAGGAAGUGGCUCUGCCUGGCACCCCUAUGCUUGGUCAAGGACCCGCUGGGCGUGCCCCUCCCGACCCAGGGGCUCCCCUCUGGCGUCCCCCUCAGACACUGGGGUGUUUUUAUUCUUACUGCUGUUUGUUUUGCCCCUUGUACAUACCAGCCUGUACCAGAACCCCCUCUCCGGCCUCAAUAAAAGGGUCUCUUCCUAAAA